GACGAAAUUAUAGAAGAAUGUUUACACAUUAUCAUAGAAUUAAACGCUAGUUUGAGUGUUCAUCAGCUCCUAAGAAAGUAUCGCGAUGCAGCGAACUGUGACUUUGUAUCAAAUAGAUUCCAUGGUGCAGUGGAUGUGGAGAUGGCGUGUUUGUCCUGUGGCUGUGAGCAGAGGUCAUAUGCCAUUCUGCACCACACAACAAGAGCCCCAUCAAGCAAAUCCAUCUCACACCAGUCAGGUCACCCACAGACCUGUGACCCAGCUCACCCUGUGCUCUUUGCUCGAGAUGGGCUUCUCAGAAACUCAAGCCGAGGAGAUGCAUGAAGGUGCAAUGAAGAGCCGUGGGAAACAUGUUCCAUCUGUUCUGACAGCACUGUUUAUCCUAGGAUUAAAUCCGUCCAGUAUCCUGAAAAUAAUGCAGAAGUGUCCAGAGGUAUACUCACUGAAAGGUGCAGACUUACAGCAACGUGUCAAUCAUCUGAGGAAGAUGGGAUUGGUAGAAGGCAGUCUGCAGAGGAUGAUCAGUCACUACCCCAAGGUCAUGGUCCUGCCAAUCAAGAGGGUAAACAUGGUGUCCCGAUUGCUCAGGGAGAAAUGCCUCUUCACCGUCCAACAGGUCACAGACAUCCUCAGAGAAUCACCUGAGGUUUUGGAGGAGGAUUUGGCCCAGCUGGAGUAUAAAUUUCAGUAUGCAUAUUUCCGUAUGGGUGUUCGGCAGGCAGAGAUGGUGAAGGCGAAGCUGUUCAGGUUGUCUCUGUCUGAGCUGCGGUGUCGUCACUGUUUUCUGGAGCGGAGGGGACUGUACCAGACGCCCGACAAGAAGGGCCAAACACUCAUCGCCAACCCGCUCAAAGACGUCCUCUGCGUCUCUGAGGAAACCUACCUGACGCAAGUCGCCAUGGCAACUGUAGAGGAGUACCAUGUUUUUCACAAACUGAUGGCAAGAGAACAGGAGGAAGAAGGAAAGGAGGAUGAGUACAGCAGUGACGAGGAUGAGGAGUUAGGGGAGGAUAAAUGUAAUGACGAUGAUGACGGACAGCACAGGAGGAAGCAUCUCUGGAACACUGGUUACAAGAAGGACAGGAAAUGAGGGGUUUUGUAUUAAUGAUUCAAAAUGAAUAAAAACUUUUUCAUUCAGCAAAUUUCCUCAGUGUUUUGUUUAUUGGAAAAACAUUGCAGCAUCAGGUUUGCAUAUAUAAUGCAAACUACUAGCAUCAUUUGUUUAAGGGCUGGUGGUCAUGCCAACAUUUUUGUAUAUUGUUUGUUUGUGUAACUCUCCAUCUCAUUUAUUGCUUUAUAAGCUUUUAGCUCCGGAUAUGAGGUGCAUAAUAGUGUCGAGGGACAUUGAAGUAAUAACGGUGUUAGUGUUAGUUUAUCUGAACGGCCUGUCAUGGGGAGGGUCAGCACAAUUUACACCAAAUGCUAAGUAACCAUGGAGAGCUGAAAGAGUGUUAGUGCCGUGCGAUCGUUUACGGAUCUGUGCGCAUCAGUGGAACGCCUGCUCUGAUAACGAGGACAGAGUCGGGAGGUAUUGAUCUGGGGUGACAUUAGUCUAAUGGAGGUUUGGAUGGAAGCAGAAUUUACUGCACACGUGUAUGUGUGGAACAGGUACGUGAGUCAUUUUAACACAAUUAAUCGAUUGUUAGUCAAUGCAUCCAUAUUUCAUUCUUCUUCUGUGGACUGUUUGUUGGUGAAACAGGGCUGAAACUAACAGAAGUGUUUUGUGGACCAGGAAUUGUGUUGGAACUAUGUGGCAUGUCACACUGAUUGGUGUAUUAUUAUAGACAAGAGUUUUUACAACCGUACAAGACACAAUAUUUGCAUGGAUUUGUUCUUGACAUUGUUUAUGAGGCGUUUCAUACUGUUAUCAUUAUUAACCCUUUGAUUUGUGUCUGAAUGUUUUUAUGAAAAUAUGGGCUCGCUCAUUUUUUUAAUGCAGUAUUAUCAAGAAUAUGUUAGAAAAAACAAUAUAGUUUUUGUUCUAAUUAUAGGUAUAGUGUUUUGGCUAUUUUUUUUUUUUUUAUUCUCUGUUCAUCGUUCAGGCCCAUAUAUUAGACACUGGAAUGUGUAUUGGGAGAAAAAGUCAAUAAAUGCGUUAUUUGAUGAUUGA